CUCCCAUGGCCGCUCCUCUCCCUCACCUCGCGACCUGCCCCUCCUCCUCUCUCUCUCCUCAUAGGCUCUUCUUCCCCUACCGCCUCCACCGCCGCGAGCUUCGCUUCCUCUCCCGGGGCUGCUCUCCCGGUCGGCGCUCCGCCGUCUGCGUCGCUUCCGCCGGGAAGUCCAGGUCCGGUAGGAAGACGAAGAGCAAUGUGGAGCUAUGCAAUGAUGUAAAGGAAUUCUUAGCUUCCGCGGGGCUUCCUGACGGUCAUGUUCCGUCCAUAAAGGAGCUUUUGCAGCAUGGAAGGGAUGACCUUGCAUAUAUUAUUAGAAGGAGGGGUUACAAACUCAUUAGAGAGCUUCUUGCGAACUCAGUAGAAAUGAAAGUCUAUGUAUCUGAUAGGGAGACAAGCAUAGCUGAAGAAAAGGAAGCUACCAUUGCCAAUGAAGAAGGAUCAGAAGCAUUUUGUAAUCUAAAAGGUCAGAAUGAGAGUACUGGCUAUUUGGAUGAAGAAAAUUCUGUAUCUGUUGGAAUAUCUGUCGAGGAAGACUGCUUUGAUGAGCUUGAUAUUAAUUCAUCAUCUGACAUUGCUGGCAAUAGCAACAUGCACAUUGAAACUCCCUUUAGUCUGUCUAUGAAAGAUAAUACCGCACAGGACAUGUUGAAAAGUAUGAUUGAAGAUACUCCUUCAUCUAUGGGAACUUCAAUUGUGGAUGAAAUCUCUGCUAGUGUAGAUGGGGAGCCAGAGAACUCCUUUAAUAGCAAUACCUUCAUGCCAGUUGAAACUUCUACUAACUUGGUCACAGCGGCCAAGGAAUCUACUACUUCAUUAGGUCACUUUGAAUGGAUUAGCACUACUUCUGAGGAGACAUCCUUGACCAAUUCUUACGAUCAUGGUUAUACAUGUGUUGAACCAUGUGCUAAGCCAUCCUUGGAGGAGAAGGUAGCAAAAUUUAUGCAAGAUGGGUAUCUUGAACCAGUUGAAGAUCAACUACCUGAAGUACCCACUGAGAUUGAUGAUGAAGAAAACCAGAGUUUCACUGAGUCCGAUAUGAGUAAGCCAGGUACAGAGCUUCAGCUGGAGACCCAAAAUGGGGAGCAGUCAGAACAUGCACAUGGGGAAAGCAAUGGUGCCAUGACACCUCAUAUUAGUACAGCUAGACAGUUCUCUCCUGCAAAAGUACAUUCUCCUUUCAGGUACAGUGAGUCAUCAGUUGAAGAAUUGUUUGAUGCUGAUGUGGGCAACAAUUUGGAUGAGGAGAGAAGAAAGCAGGAGAACCAAGCUGAGAUUAGUCAUCUCAAAUUUAUGCUGCAUCAGAAGGAAUUGGAAUUGUCUCUGUUGAAGGAACAGAAUGAAAAGGAAAAGCUUGCUCUGGAAAUGUUGCAAACUAAGGCUGAGAAUGAGAUCAGCAAAGCCCAAAAGAUCGUCUCAGAAAAAGAUGCAGAACUACAGGCUGCUGAGGAGAGCCUUUCCGGGCUUAAAGAAGUUCAGAUAGAGUAUUCUGGCAACGGUGAUAUCGUGGAGGUGGCUGGUAGCUUCAACGGCUGGCAUCACCCGAUUAAAAUGAAUCCCCAUCCAUUCGCUACUGCAAAAGACACUAUUGGAUCAAGGAGAUCUAGAUAUUGGUCCACAAUGCUGUGGCUUUACCCUGGGACAUAUGAGAUAAAAUUCAUAGUUGACGGCGAGUGGAGGAUUGAUCCCCAAAAGGAGUCAGUUACACGGGGUACAAUAUGUAACAAUGUCCUUCAAGUCGAUAGAUGAUAUGGUCGAGGCUGGCAUUUGAGCUUCAUAUCCGUUCACAUGCCCGCUUCUGUGGUAUAAACUGCAGAGCGACUGAAGGGUUGCUGAUGGACGACGGUUGAAUCAUUCUUGCACAGUGGGGCAACUUGGUCAAGGUGCCUUUAUUCGUGAAGACGACAAGACGGGCAGGAUCAUAUGGCUGUUUGGAUUUGCACAGCCAUUUCUCUGUGCAGGAUGAGGGCCUGGGUAGUGAUGCAGAGCAUGUCAUGCUCUAAGUGAAUAUCAACUGUCUGAGACACGGGGGUGGAGGCAGAGGCAUCUGCGUUUUGGUUAGCAAAGCGUUGGACUGCGUAAGCAUGUACAGUCCAUCACACGCAGGAUUAUCAGUGGAAGCUUGUAUAUGUGGAACCUUUCUAUAGCAGUAAAAUUUUUCACUUCAUAGCAAUAAUCUGACGUCAAAUUUGCAAGAGGAAAGGCAAAGAGAUGAAAACUGAGAGCGUUGUGGCAGAGAUAUAGAAAUGUAGCAAAUUCCAGAGGAGAGAACGUCGACUAUGCAUUUGUUUUGCAUGAAACGUAUGGACAAAAUGCUUCCAUCGUUCGAGGGCGCUUUCUUCCCCUUAGCUCCCGCAAUCUGGGGAGUUUCCUCGGAUUACCAAAUUGGAAACUUCGACCGCAUGCGUUCCUCAAAAAGAUGUGAUUUUUUGAUUUGUGAUUAUGCGGAUCAUGAUUCUGACUUAAUUGUAAAAUUAAGCUACAUAAUAACGCUAGCGAUGGAAAGCCAAUAACAUACCCCAAUCGUGAUCUUUUAUUU